CCCGGCGGCCACCCUCGGGGGCGAGGCAGCCCGGCGCGUGGGAGGGGACGGCGCGCCAUUGGCUUCUGCGCGGCACUGAGAGGAGGGACCAGCGCGGGACGCCAGACUCGGGCAUACUCCGGCCGCGGUGGGUGCCGCGCGCAGUCCAGCCUGGCCCUGGCCUGUCCUGCCCGGCGCGGGCGGCGCAAUGUGAGCGCCGGAGGUUCCCCAGCACGCCAGAUCCGCGCCGCCGGCGCCAGCAUGCGCUAGCAACGUUUUGUGCUGACUGGUGGUGAGAUCGAGCACGCGACACAGCUCUGUGUCUUGAUUGCCCUCCACCGUGCCUGGCACACAGUAGCCCUUUGCAGAGGCCGGGUGCCAGGACAAGAUGGCGGCCAAGCAGCCCCCACCUCUUAUGAAAAAGCACAGCCAGACCGACCUUGUGAGCCGCCUGAAGACCCGCAAGAUCCUGGGUGUGGGUGGUGAGGACGACGAUGGGGAGGUCCACCGCUCCAAGAUCAGCCAGGUCUUGGGCAACGAAAUCAAGUUUGCUGUUCGGGAGCCUUUGGGGCUGAGGGUCUGGCAGUUUGUUUCUGCUGUGCUCUUCUCCGGCAUUGCCAUCAUGGCCCUUGCCUUCCCUGACCAGCUCUAUGACGCGGUUUUUGAUGGAGCCCAGGUGACCAGCAAGACCCCCAUCCGCCUCUAUGGUGGGGCCAUCCUCAGCAUCUCCCUGAUCAUGUGGAACGCUCUCUACACGGCUGAGAAAGUUAUCAUCCGAUGGACUCUGCUCACGGAAGCCUGCUACUUCGGAGUCCAGUUCUUGGUGGUCACUGCCACACUCGCCGAGACGGGCCUCAUGACCCUGGGGAUCCUGCUGCUCCUGGCCAGCCGCCUCCUUUUUGUCGUCAUCAGCGUUUACUACUAUUACCAAGUCGGCCGAAAACCCAAGAAAGUUUAGCUGCCUGCCAGGCCGGGGGCCCUCUGGGGCAGGGAGGCCCUGGGCCUGUUUCUCUUUGGUUCAUGGAAGGCGGGAAGGACCCUGCUUUGCCCCAGGCAGAUGGGUGGCCACCUUCCUUUCCUCCUGGGCACUCCCCAAAUACUGUGAUCUUCUGAGCUUUCAGGUCUGGAGAGGGACGGGGCCUCUGCACCGCUGUUCUUUCCCCACAUAGUGACGCCUCCUUUUCUUUGGUCUCUUGGUCUCCGGAUCCCCUGGACAGACACUGCCUGAAGACCCUGCAUCACGGGGUUUUGGGCUGAGGGGCGGCUCCUGCCCUUUCCGCUGGGAGACUCUUCUCUCUCGAGAGGCUGCGAGCUGCCUCUUUGUCCUCCCCUGACACCCCCAGCCAGUUUAGUUCCCAAGCAGCUGAACUUGGCAUCUGUCUAUGCCUGGAAAACCCGAGGACUUGACCCUAUGCCCUUACUCCUUAUUGUGGGUUCUCCCUACAUGUGGGGACCUCCACCCCCAAACACACACACCUGGCCUCUCCGCAGCCCAGCUGCAGCUGCCAGGCAGGGGUGGCUGUGUUUGAGCUGGCACUUCCCUUGCAGCCUUCCCGUGAGGUGGGCUACAUGUAGCAGAGCCCUGUCCCAGCCACCUUGGCUCUUGGGGUCUCACUUAAGGCUGUUCUGCCUCUACCCCAACUCCUGGAAGCCCCUAGGAAUCCCCUUCUCCCAACUGGCCUGGGUCCAGAGACUGCCAGCGGCCUCCCCCACAGGCUGGCUCUGACAGAUGGACACACAGAUAACCUGAGGUGGAAGCCACCUAGAAGUGAUGGGGUUUGGGGAUGAUGAAAGAAAAGCAGUGGCAUUUCUUUGUCCCUUGGCAUGUUCCCCAGGGUCUGUUGUUCACCAGGCUUAGCCCCCUCACCACUUCCCCCCACUCCCCAGGGUGUUGCCCUCUGAACCUCCAGCCUGCGCUGCCCCCAAGGCCUGGUGGGGUAGGACUGGGUACCCUUCAAACUCAGCAGGGGGAAUAAAUAGGACUAUUUCAGCAGGCUACCUCCUCUCUACCACCCCCCAGAUGCCCUGGAGAAGGCCGACAACUGGCUCCUUUAGAGCUGAAGACCCCGUGCAGGCCCACAAGCUUGGGGGCCCCCCGUUAGUCCUUCCUCCCAACACGCUCCUUCCCUCCAGGACACAAGUGUGCACACCAGGGAUGUCAGCCCGUGUUCUGGAGACACGUGGAGAGAAGCAGUCUUGCUUCCUGUUGUAAAAGUGUUUUUAAGGGGUAAGAUGGUCUGUAGGUACAGCCCAGCUCUGGCUACUGCCAUGUGGGCCUGUGUCUGGGAACCUGACCCUGCCCACACGGGGCCACACUGCCCUCCCCUGUGCCCAGCUGUCCCUGCAGCCACAUGUCUAGUGCCCAGCCGAGUGGUGGCACCACCACUGGUACACAGCAGAGGAGAGGCCCAGCGGGUCGGGUGCCUAAGGCUAUGCUGCUGGUAACCGUGGCUGAGCGGAAAGGAACCUGGACACCAGGGAGGGCCUGUUCUCUCCUGGCGUCAGUGUCAUGCCACUGGAGGUCGUGCCUGUCCUCAGGGAGAGCCCUGGGCAGGCUGGGAGCCCACCGCUGCCUUUGGGAGGGCGUGUUGGCGGCGGGUGGGCAGUUCUACAGGCUGAAGCCACGUCCUCUAAUGGGUGAUGGGUAGUUUGGCCUGUCACCGCUGGGCGUGGCUGGUAGAUCCCCUGGAGGCAGGCAGGGAAACGGAGGCAUGAGGUCUGUAGUCAGGCUCUGUGUUGGGCAUCUGCUGGGGCUGAGCCGGCCAAGCGUUCUCUCAGCCUGGUGGGGCAUGGGGGGAGCACUGCCUUGCUCCAUGGGGUGUCUUGAGGGCCCACUGAGAUGGCGCUGCCCAGGCUCUGACACAGAGCAGCGUUCCUGAAAUUCUGUGCUGUUUGGUUAAACAUCGCUCUGAGGCCCGGAGGGAGGGAGUGCCUGGCAGACAAGACAUACAGCCUGGGGGGGUGGGAGCAGGGAGGAUGGUAAAACAAGGAGGAGUCCUAGCUGGGGAGGAUGCAGUGACAAAGGGGAGAGGGCCAAAGGAACCCACACAUUCAGUGAGGAAGGCUCGGUGUGGGCCCAGCUCCCAUCCUAAAGGUUUGGGAAGACCCAGAAUGUCCCUUCCCCAUCCCCCCUUGCCGCUAGAACCCAGUGUCUUCUUGCCUAGCUCCUACCCCAGCCCCAGCCCACCCCCAAAUCAAGACCAAUUUUCUUCACGGUCACUAUUUAUUCUUUGUUCCUUUUUCUUUUUGUAAGAAAUGGUCACAAAAACCAGUGCAAAACCAUCA